AUGCACUCGUCUUUCUCUAGGACGUUGCACGAGAUUCGAAGUGGCGAUGGGUCGCUGGUUAACGCCUUGAGCAAUUCUAGAAACAUGAAGAUAAAUGCUGCUCCCUUUCUUCUGGAGACAAGUCUCCCAAAUUUACCGAACCAAACCUACGAUAAUAGCCUCCUUCCCUCGGUGUUUUAUCGUCGCCCUUCGAAUUUGGACUGUGAUGGUGAUAGGUGCGUAGGUCACCUUCCUCUAAGAAUUCUUAGGUUCAUCCCCAACCGGCGGGCCAUGGACAUGGACCGUGCGCAAUUUUAUUUAACUCAAGCUAUUGCGGUGUCGGACCCUUCCUCUCUACCUAAGCCGGGUGAUCGUAUACUAGAAUUUUCUCGCAAACGCCCAUCUGUUCCUGGUCAGGAGUCUGCUGUACAUGAAAUAAGCAAACCAAAAAAAUCUGUGCGCUAUAUACCCAAGGUGAGUUUUCUUUUCAUUGGGCUUUUCGGACCCAAGUACAUUAAAUUAGUCGGUAUCGCUAGUAAAUGUAUUGCUAGGUUCAACCGUACCGUUUUCUCUAUUAUCUCUAAAUUUCAGCGUCCAGAACACGUCUUAGAUGCCCCAGAUCUCCUUAACGACUAUUAUUUGAACCUUAUCGACUGGUCUAAACAGAACAGCAUCGCGAUUGCGCUUGACAGAGACGUGUAUUUGUAUAACGCUUGUGGUGGUGGCGUUCGAUUGAUCAUGUCCGCUGGACUUAACGAGGAGUAUAUCACUAGUGUGAAGUUCUCCCCUCACGAUGGCAAUGUCCUUGCCGUGGGCACGAGUAUGGGUCGCUUACAACUGUGGGACGUGGAGCAUACUGCACUUCAGCGCACAAUGCUCGGAGAUGAGGGUGACCCGGCCCGAAUUCCGGCCCUCGCGUGGCGGGACCACGUAGUCACAUCAGGCUCUCGUACGGGAGAAAUCAGGCAUCAUGAUAUCCGCAUAGCACAGCACCUAAUCGGCUAUUCUGAUGAACAUACUCAAGAGGUGUGUGGUCUGCAGUGGUCACCAGACGAUCGCUUCUUGGCCUCGGGCGGGAAUGACAAUGUGGUUUGCAUUUACUCUGCUGAUGAGGCUUUUAAACUCUCGGGAGGCCGUCCAAAUCAUGUUUUGAAUGAGCAUGUAGCUGCUGUCAAGGCUGUUGCCUGGUGCCCUUGGAAACCGACUCUUCUUGCAACCGGCGGUGGCACUAGGGAUCACCAUCUUCGGUUUUGGAAUGUGUACUCAGGGGCUUGUCUGCGUGCUGUCGAUGUGCAAAGUCAGGUCUCUGGAAUCGUCUGGAGUGAGGAGUUUCGUGAAUUGAUAACUGGUCAUGGAAGCGGUAGCCUUUGCAUUUGGAAGUAUCCAAAUAUUCAAAAGGUUAAGGAAUUCACUGGUAAGUUUAACUGUGCCAAGACUGGCAUUGCUAGCUACUUGUUUGCAUCGUUAAUUGUCGAAUGCAAGUGGCAGAGCCAGCCAUUGUCAAGAUUGACAUCAUUGUUUUCAGAUCAUCAAGAUAGAGUCCUUUCCAUCGUUGCCUCACCUGAUAAGGAAAUGGUAGCAAGCUGCUCGGGCGAUGAAACGCUUCGUAUUUGGCACUGCUUUAAAGUGGACAAAGCAAAGAAGCGCCUGGAGGAGCAAAAAAAUGCGUCAAUUUUUGCCUUUCCACGGCCUAUGCGUUGA